UUGAUUUGUGUUCAGAUCAUUAACCAGAAAUAAAUCUUUUUUUCAAUGACUUUCUCUUUUUUAUAAUUUGUCCAAAUAAGAAGUUAAGGGGGUUAUUUAUCAAAAAGGGAAUUUUGUUGAUAUUUUAUUCCUGAUUAAACCACAAUCCACGAUUUGACCUUAUUUAUUAUUAAAAAAAGCUCCAAUUAAUCACAUCAGGGAAAAACUUGAGAGAGAAAACUCUAGAUUUUUUUUAGGCUUUUUCCUGAAAAGGCCAAAAUAGUCCGAUUUUUUGGUUCGGAGGCCGAAGUUCCCCUUUAAAAACGAAUCACCUGUUUAGUGCAGGCGUGUGAGGAAACCUUGGAAACGACAACGUCCCUGCACGUAGCGUCCAAUGGCGCAGUCUCGUGCGUGUCAUGCAGUCAUGUGACCGGUGCAUCCGGACAAUUUCCGCUUUCCUGAGUCUCCCGCCGUGAUGAUGUCAUACAGCUGCGUGUCCGGCAGGGGACGCUCGUGGCGCCAUGUUGCGUGUGGGCCGCGCUCGGACUUGUUGUGAGUGAAAGUUUUGUGAGAGGAAAGAGUCGGCGGCGGGUGCGUGUGACGGAGUGGGAAGGGGAUUGAGUGUCCCGCCAGUGCGUGUGUCGCGCCUGUAGCGUCGUGUGUUCCCCCCGGAGGAGGGGCGCGGUUGUGUCGCUGACUCGUGGCAGCCCCCCAGUUGUCUAUGAGCGCCCCCCCGGUUAUGCGGCCGCCCAGCCCCGCGGGCCCCGGCCUCUCCCUCCAACUACAGAUCGGCCUGAGCCGCGAGUCCGUCGUACUGCCCGAGCCCGGGGAGCUGAGCCUGGGGGCCGUGCGGGACAUGGCCUGUUCCAUUGUGGAUCACAAGUUUCCAGAAUGUGGUUUCUACGGGAUGUAUGACAAGAUCCUCUUGUUUCGCCACGACCCAAACUCAGAAAACAUCUUGCAGCUGGUAAAGUCUGAGGCUGAUAUUCAGGAGGGGGACCUCAUUGAAGUGGUGCUCUCAGCCUCAGCCACUUUUGAAGAUUUCCAGAUCCGGCCCCAUGCAUUGUUUGUCCAUUCUUAUCGAGCGCCAGCAUUCUGCGACCAUUGCGGAGAGAUGCUUUGGGGUUUGGUGAGACAGGGCCUCAAGUGUGAGGGAUGUGGUCUUAACUACCAUAAGAGGUGCGCCUUCAAGAUUCCCAACAACUGCAGCGGUGUGCGGAAGCGCAGAUUGUCUAAUGUCUCACUCACUGGAAUGGCCAGCAUUCGCACUAUGUCCGUGGAAUUUCCCGCUAGUGCUCCCGAUGAGCCUUUACUGCAAAAAUCUCCAUCUGAAUCCUUUUUGGGUCGACACAGUAGAUCCGGCUCACAGUUACAUAUUGGCCGUCCAAUUAAACUGGAUAAGUUCCUCCUGACAAAGGUGAAAGUGCCUCACACAUUUGUUAUGCACUCGUACACCCGGCCGACUGUUUGCCAGCACUGCAAGAAACUGCUUAAGGGCCUCUUUCGUCAGGGACUGCAGUGCAAGGACUGCAAGUUCAACUGUCACAAGCGAUGCGCAUCGAGGGUGCCCCAUAACUGCCUGGGAGAGGACGCAAUAAAUGGAGACUUACCUGAUGAAGUGAUGGAGGAGGGGAGCGAUGAUAAUGAAAACAGACCCGACAUGGACAUGGAUGAAUCCCCCACAACGGACUCCGAGGGUUCCAUAUUAGGCUGCCGUACUGAAAAUGGAGAAAUGCAGGAAGCAGACCAGGAUCAGGACGCAUCAGACCGGACAAUCAGCCCUUCAGCCAGUAACAACAUUCCACUGAUGAGAGUAGUCCAGUCUGUGAAACACACAAAGAGGAAAAGCAGCAGCGUCAUGAAAGAAGGCUGGAUGGUACAUUAUACCAGUAAAGAUCCAAUGAGAAAAAGGCAUUACUGGAGACUGGACAGCAAGUGCAUCACUUUGUUUCAAAAUGAUACUGGAAGCAAAUACUACAAGGAAAUGCCUCUGUCGGAAAUAUUAUCUCUGGAACCUGCCAAAGAUUUAUCCCUUCUUUGUCCUGGAGCCAACCCCCACUGCUUUGAAAUGACAACUGCCAACGUAGUGUACUAUGUGGGUGAGAACUUGCCUCAGCCUGUGGCUCCUGAAAUGGGCAAUAUCAUGCCGACUAGUGGGGCAGGGUUGGACAUAGCAAGAAUGUGGGAGAUCGCAAUACAGCAUGCAUUGAUGCCAGUCAAUCCAAAAGGAACCAAUGAUGGCAGCAGCCAGCACCGAGACAUCUCAAUCAGCAUCUCGGUCUCCAACUGCCAAGUGCAGGAGAAUGUGGAUAUUAGCUCCGUGUACCAGAUCUUUCCAGACGAGGUUCUUGGAUCUGGCCAGUUUGGCAUUGUGUAUGGAGGUAAGCACCGGAAGACCGGAAGAGAUGUGGCUAUAAAAAUUAUCGACAAAUUGCGAUUUCCAACUAAGCAAGAAAAUCAACUGCGAAACGAAGUUGCUAUUUUGCAGAACCUGCAUAAUCAAGGUGUGGUCAAUCUGGAGUGUAUGUUUGAAACACCAGAGAGGGUUUUUGUUGUCAUGGAAAAGUUGCAUGGGGAUAUGCUGGAGAUGAUCUUAUCAAGUGAAAAAGGACGGUUACCAGAUCGUGUUACCAAAUUCCUAGUCACACAGAUCUUAGUGGCCCUGCGACAUCUUCAUUUUAAGAACAUUGUCCACUGUGACUUGAAGCCAGAGAAUGUGCUGCUCUCCUCAGCUGACCCUUUCCCGCAGGUGAAGCUUUGUGAUUUUGGCUUUGCUCGCAUUAUUGGAGAGAAGUCCUUUAGGCGUUCUGUUGUAGGCACGCCGGCCUAUCUAGCUCCUGAGGUGCUGAGAAACCGUGGCUACAACCGAUCACUGGAUAUGUGGUCUGUGGGGGUCAUUAUUUAUGUCAGCCUGAGUGGAACUUUCCCAUUUAAUGAGGAUGAAGACAUCAAUGACCAGAUCCAGAAUGCUGCCUUUAUGUACCCUCCAACCCCAUGGAAAGAGAUCUCUCCUGAUGCCAUUGAUCUGAUCAACAACCUGCUGCAGGUUAAAAUGAGAAAGCGUUAUAGUGUUGACAAGACUCUCAACCACCCUUGGUUACAGGAUUACCAGACCUGGCUGGACCUUCGUGAACUGGAGUGCAAGAUCGGGGAACGUUAUAUCACCCACGAGAGCGAUGAUCCCCGCUGGCAACAGUAUUCUGAGCAGCACUGCCUUCAGUACCCCCUUCACCUUUUACCCCUACCUUCCUAUGAACCAGAAGAUGCAGAGAUGAGGGCUUUGGAAGAGAGAGUCAGUAUUCUCUAGUAUUCUACCACGCCACAGCACCAUCUCAAGCCAUUUAUUUGAAAUAAUGUUGGGGGCAAAAACGAUGAGAAGCAAGAUUCAGUUGCUGAUCAGUAUUCAUCAGUCUCCAAACUAACCCAAGUAUUGCAAGUCUCUCUGAUGUAUCUGGCAUUGGGUUGCUUUGGAAAGAUGUGUACCCCACCCAACCUCAAGUCACCCCUUUGAUGCUUAGUGAUCUGACGGAGCAGUAUGGAAGGGGCCUCCCUUUCCAUACUGAGGACACUUGGAUACUUGCUGGCUUAUCAUUGCUGAUAACCUACAGUGUAAGCUUUGUACCGUUCUUAAGGCCUGCAAUGCAGUGUGAGUCAGCCAGCAUAAAGCUCAGCACGGCUGUAGAUGUAAGUGUAAUGCAGCGUAGGUGGUGGUGCGGAAUGUCUGUGUGUAUGAUAGACCAUUCAGUGAGUGCACUGAGUUCCCCAACACACUUCUUUCCUUGACCUAAUAACUAAGAGAUCCAAGUUUUUCUCAUUGUAAAAGGGAGCCACGUGGCAGAUGAUGGAGCACCAAACUGAUAAUUCUUUUCACUCUACAAAUCACAUCUGUCACAAAUGUUUUUGUCUUUUGUUUUUGACUCUGGAGGACACCGUGUGUUUGGGUUUUUAUUUAAUUCCUCACUUGUAGGAAAGCCUGCAGGUCCUCGUCUGCUACGCAAGACACUCUUUGGGGGUCGGCAGGCAACAGGAUUGCCCCGAGAAUAUCGCUGCCUCAGGGUAGGACGGAGCAGAGCAGUACAAUUAUGGAAAUCAGUGCUCUGUGUAAAUAGGUGCAAGGAAUGAUCUAUAUUGUAUACGUGAUCUUGUACUGCAUACGUGGAUAGCAGUAAUGACAGAUUGACAAAGGACCAAGCAUUCUCUCUUAUGGGGCAUUACUGAGGUUUUCCUGCCCUCUUCUCACUUACUUCCUGGUUGGUUUUGUUCUCAUUUUUGUUUUCUUGUAUGAAAAGUUACUAAAUAUUUUUUGCUAAAGGUCAAAUACAAUGUAUUUAGCAAUAUAACUCCGUAUGUUCCAUAUUAUCCUCCUCUGGCAGAUUUUAGAUUAUAUUCUUACGUUUCUAUCCUGAAUAAAACUAAAAUACGGUGUUAUUAUAA